GGGCAUGAGCAGCAUGCAGCAGAAAGCGGCGGAGCUGGAGCACAUGGCCGAGGUCCUGCUCACCGGCGAGCAGCUCCGGCUCCGACUGCAUGAAGAAAAGGUCAUUAAAGAUCGACGUCACCACCUCAAAACAUACCCGAACUGCUUUGUUGCCAAAGAGCUGAUCGACUGGCUGAUUGACCAUAAAGAGGCCUCUGACCGAGAGACGGCAAUAAAACUGGUGCAGAAAUUACUGGAUCACAGCAUUAUCCACCAUGUCUGUGAUGAGCAUAAGGAAUUCAAGGAUGUCAAACUGUUCUAUCGCUUCCGAAAAGAUGAUGGGACAUUUCCGCUGGACAAUGAGGUGAAGGUGUUCAUGAGAGGACAAAGACUGUAUGAAAAGCUGAUGAGUUCUGACAAUACCCUUCUGCAAGCCAGGGAAGAGGAAGGAGUCAAGUACGAACGGACCUUUGUGGCAUCAGAGUUCAUUGACUGGCUGAUCCAGGAGGGAGAGGCCACGACACGGACUGAAGCAGAGCAGCUCGGCCGCAGACUUUUGGAGCAUGGGAUUAUACAGCACGUGUCCAACAAGCACCACUUUAUGGACAGCAACUUGCUCUACCAGUGCAGAAUGAAUUUCCGCCGGCGGCGACGAUUAAUGGAGCUCCUCACUGAGAAAUCUCGCUUGAUGCCAGAAAGCCAUGACAGCCCGUUUUGCCUGCGCAAGCAAAACCAUGACAACAGAAAACACACCAGUUUUCUCUCAGUGAGUCCCACCAAGGAGAUAAAGAUCGUGUCAGCAGUACGGAGGAGCAGCAUGAGUAGCUGUGGCAGCAGCGGGUACUUCAGCAGUAGCCCAACGCUCAGCAGCAGUCCCCCUGUGCUCUGCAACCCUAAAUCUGUAUUAAAGAGGUCCGUGACUGCUGAUGAGCUCUUGAUGCCUGGAGCCCCAUAUGUAAGAAAAACUUUUACGAUUGUCGGCGACGCGGUGGGCUGGGGCUUUGUGGUGCGGGGGAGCAAGCCCUGCCACAUCCAGGCCGUGGACCCCAGCGGGCCGGCAGCCGCGGCUGGGAUGAAGGUUUGCCAAUUUGUUGUAUCUGUCAACGGCCUCAACGUUCUCCAUGUGGAUUACAGGACAGUGAGCAACCUCAUCCUGACCGGCCCUCGAACGAUUGUGAUGGAAGUGAUGGAAGAAAUAGAAUCCUGAGAAGGAAAAAAACUCUUACUGGACAUUUUUGUGAGAGAAAUAGUGGCGACCAUGGAGCAGCCUGACACAAGGAGGCAGAACGUUGCUGUGUCUAAAUAGAUGAUUUUGCUUUUAGGGGAGGGGGGCUCUCUUUCAUUUAACAAUAAUAGCACUGGUGAUUAUGCUAAGAAGUGAACAAUACAUACUGGCCUAUUUUCACUAGGGACUUUUCUUUGCCCGACAGUGACAAGGUUAAGGCCUUUAGGUUGUCUUUCCAGCCAUGCCUGCAUCGGUCAGAAUGGUUUCCCACCUGAGAGGCCAUGCAGUCCACCAUUGGAUCAAAGCACUUCAGGAAAUGAAAGAACCAAACACCGUGGGGUCAGGAUGUCACAGAUGGUUUGCAUGACAUACUUAUGUUGGUAAACAUCCUCCUGGUGUCCAGCUUUGUGCCAGGAGCAUGUGCUGUCGCAGUUGCUCUCUCCUUGGGCUGAGGGACAGCUGACUAAAUGCUGGCUUGAUUGCAAUCGAACACAAACAAACUGCAAAUGCAUGAAAAAAAGCUGUCCAUUCUCUGUGGAGGGUACUCUGGGACAAAUGUUUGGGCCUGACCGAAUACAUGGAUUAGUCUAGAAAGAAAAAUCAUGCAAAUGGAAAAGCGUGCAGUACUUUCACAAAACCUGUCUUUGAAAAUCGGGCUUUUUGUUUAGAUGCCUACGCACUGGUUUAGGUGCUCAAGUAUAAAAAUGUUGAUCUUGUUUUUUUCCUUAUCUGUAAAGGAAAGGUGUCUUGGCCUUGCUGUUUGUCACUUUGCAGAAAUUUUGGACACCUUUAUUCCUAGAAGAAGAAGAUUUGGUGGGUUGA